AUGUCAGUGAAUUCCCCGUCAAAUACUAGUCAAGGAAGCGCCGAUAUUUGGUUGAUUUACGGACGUGAAGAAGCAAUCAUACAGACUGUAUUUCUUGGCUUCAUUAUUCUUUUUGGCGUUGCUGGGAACUUAUAUAUAUGCAGCGUUGUUUACAGAAACAAGAACUUGAGAAAUCCAACGUUUGUUUUUCUCGCUAACUUAGCUGUGGCAAAUAUUGGUGCUCUCACGUUAUGCACGCCAUUUCCUGUCCUCAACAGUAUUCGAAGAAGAUUUGCGCUGGGAAGACACUGGUGUAUUAUAAAUGGCUUUCUAAACAACUUCUUUUUCUGCAUUUCAAUUCUCACAUUGUCCUUAAUCACCUCCCAGAAUUAUUUCUCAGUUGUAAAACCCCCGUUUUGCUCAUGGUUGCAUAUCACGCCGAGAAACGCAAAGUUUCAUUUGGUUGGCUUGUGGACUCUUUGCUUUUUAUUUUCGCUGCUUUCCCUAGGCCCGUUCGAGAGUUGGAACUAUAUUGUUUUUAACCCAACCACGGCACAUUGCGGGCUGGCGUUUCCUAACAGCUUGGGAGAUAAAUUAAAAUUGACGUUUCUCGCCUUGGUCGGAUUUAUUAUACCAGUUUCUGUUAUGUCGUUUGGCUACACGCGAAUAUAUUGCAAAGUACGUGCGCACGAAGAGAGACUGAACCGAAACUCGACAGAAGGGCCGAGAAUAGGUACUUUGACUAGAAAACUUGCGGUGACUCUGUGUCUGAUGUUUGGUACAUUCGUCAUCUGCUGGUUGCCGUUUUUUCUACUCAUUGCCCUGGCGGUCGUAUUCGACAACGCAUCACAACUACCGUGGUUACUGGGAAGAAUUGCAUAUUGGAGUGGCUACCUUAAUUGUGCCAUCAAUCCAACCUUAUAUUGUUUGCGAUCAUCUGCGUUUAAGGAUGUCAUCCGUCGGUCUUCGACAUCCACUGGGGAAGUGACAAAGAAGUUUUCGAUACCGAACAGACGCAGGAGAGCAUUUUCUCUCCCAACAAUGCCAGCAAACUUUAAUGCUGGCGCUGCCAAGCGGGUUGAUAGACAAAGCUUUCCUCAAAUCGAAUGCGAGAGAGCAUCUGAUCUUCGUCUUGGGCAAAAUUUUAGAUCUGAGGUUGCUCGCUUGCGGGCGUACUCCUGCUCGGGAUAUGAAAUUAAAGAAUACGCGGAAGAGAAUCGAAAAUGA